AUGUCGAGAGAAAAUGGCGAGCAAGAGCAGUAUCUCGAUUUGCGCUAUAUUAAUGAACCUCUCUCUCACCACCCAGCAGUAUUUAACCUGAAUCCAGCCAUCAAUGGUGUAGCCAACAAUACAGAGGGUCGGACAAUAGAGCUAUCUUGUGACAGCCAAGGAAGCGAUACCAAGUCAUAUAGCUAUGUUAUGGGCUCUGUGCAGUUCACGAAUGACAGCUCCAGCCACCAAGAGGCCUUCCUACAGCCAGAAAAAUCUCAAUUGAACACUGCUAGUUAUUAUAAUCAGCCAAUUCAAACACUGGGAACUAUGCAAAACAUGGAUGCGGUAGAACAAGGUGUAUCUUGUUCGUCGCUAUCAGUGCCUGGGUAUUACCCGCCCGCAUAUCUGGCGACGGGUUAUUACCCAGAUCCUUAUCGGAUGCCUCAGGACCAAACGGCCAAUUCGUAUCUCAUGGAGAGCACCGUCAUAUCCAAAGACGCGAUCCGAUUAUCGCCUAUAAAAUUUUGCUCAAACUGCUUUACAACGGAAACCCCAUCCUGGCGACGCUGCUCUGAAGGCAAAAAUCUACUCUGUAAUGCUUGCGGUCUUUAUGAGAAGCUGCAUCAUACACCUCGCAAGAUUUGCUUACAUCCUGACGGCUCUACUAAGAUUGUUCGUCACAAUACCUCAGAGAAUGAAGGCUGUGCCAUCUGCGGUACGACUUACUCAUCACUGUGGCGAAAGCUAGAUAAGAAGUGUUACUGUAACGCUUGUGCUGUUAGGCUAGGUAUUGGCCACGCUAAACGUAUGUCGCUUCCUCAAAUAUGGUCUGACACAGGGACUGGUGAACGAGAUAACGUUGGCCCGGAUCCAAACCCAAGUGGACUGCUAUUUUCGAGUUUGGCUGCAACAGGUUUCCCACACUCUCAACAUGAUGUAUAAAGUACUGCCGUCAAGAAGUAGGCCACAAAUGCAAGACGUC